GGAGAGCGGAUAUAGUGAAUGCGGGGUCCGGGGAGAGCGGAUAUAGUGAAUGCAGGGUCCGGGGAGAGCGGAUAUAGUGAAAGCAGGGUCCGGGGAGAGCGGAUAUAGUGAAUGCAGGGUCCCGAGGAGAGCGGAUAUAGUGAAUGCAGGGUCCAGGGAGAGCGGAUAUAGUGAAUGCAGGGUCCGGGGAGAGCGGAUAUAGUGAAUGCAGGGUCCGGGGAGAGCGGAUAUAGUGAAUGCGGGGUCCAGGGAGAGCGGAUAUAGUGAAUGCAGGGUCCGGGGAGACCAGAUAUAGUGAAUGCAGGGUCCGGGGAGACCAGAUAUAGUGAAUGCAGGGAGAGCAGAUAUAGUGAAUGCGGGGUCCGGGGAGA